UCCCUCUUCGCUCCAAUAACGUUCAACUUCACAUCAUACAACUGCAUAACGAUACACACAAUCACUAUGAAUCCCAAGCUUUACUUCGCGUUUGCCGUAGCCGCGUUUCUCACGGCAAACGCAAACGUAGCCGCUGCAGUUCUCGACACGGACGGCGAAAUUCUCCUCCCCGGCAUCAGUUACCACAUCCUUCCGGCGAAACGUGGCUGCAGCCGUGGCGGUGGCGUCACCGUCAUGUUUAACCAUACCGAGUUCUGUUCCGUUAAAGGAAACGUUAUUCAGGCAAACUCCGUAACCGAGGAAGCAGCUCGUGUAAGAUUCUCAAACUGGGCUCCUAAAGUAGCGUUCGUGCCAGAAUCAACGGAUCUCAUCAUCGAGAUCGAUCUUGGAAUCACGGUUUGCCAGAAAACGCCGUUCUGGGGGAUCGGCGAAUUCGACGGAGAAAGAAACAAGUGGUUCGUCUCGACGGGUGCCGGUUCAGAUGGGUUUGGACCGGGAUCUGUGAACAGUCUCUUCAAGAUCGAGAAAUCGGAAAAUCUUGGUGAUGCUUACAAGAUUGUUUUCUGUCCCUCGAACUGUGAAUCUUGUCGUCCGAUCUGCGGCGAUGUCGGGAUAUUCGAGGAUGAAAACGGCGUUCUGCGUCUGGCAUUGAGCGAUUGGCCCUUUGAGGUUGUGUUCAAGAAGGCUAAGAAGAGGAACAUCUCUACUGAAACAAUGUAACAUGCCGAUGUUUGUCUAAUAAAAGGAUUGUGUUGACUGUUUGUAUGUUAGUAUUGGGGUUAUUUUACAUAUGGAAUAAAACCCUUUGAUGGAAAUUAUGUUAUUUUUACUUGUUUCAAAAAGAUUGUGAAACUAAUUGAGAAAUAAUGUUUUGUGUACAAUA